CAGUUGGAAAUACGCUAUUCGCAUUCCAACUUUCUACGUACAAUACAAAUCAUCGCUCUCGAAAUCCAAAUCCAAGCAAACCGAACCAGAUCUCGUUCGCCUCGCUCUCGAGGAGAUACGGCUAUAUCGCUGUUGAAAAUGGCAAAUUUUCACGUUUCAUCGCGUAUUUUAUUAAAAAAAAAAAGAAAAAGAAAGAAAAAUAAAAGAGAAGAAUUUACGAGGAGAGACGGGAGAGCCGGUAGAGCGACGCAAGUCGGCAAGACCCACGUCACGUCGCGUCCAUUGAGGUGGGGUGCAGCCGUUCGUCGUCGGUUUCACGGCGAACAUCGAAGCGAGUUGCGGCGAGCGAACCGAGCCAGUCAACCUGAAACCGCGAACAACCGCGACAUCGCGUUGCUCCGCGCGCGCACUCGAUGGCGCCAGCCCUCCUCCUUUUGAACUCCUCCUGUAAACAUUGCGAUUUCGCCGCGGCCACCGAUGGAUACACGCGAUUCACGGCGCGCAAAUUGGGUCUCGUCGGUUGAUCUCGCGGCGGUGAUCGUUGGUUAACAGUGAUAACACGCGGAGUGUGGAUUUUUCGACGCUUUCGAAAUCGAGGCCGCGUUAAUAAUAACAAAAAUUGGAAAGAAUUAUUCGCAUCGAUCUUUCGAAUCAAAACAUCGACCUUGGGAGGAAAAGAAGUGCGCGGCUCGAGGCUUCGUGAAGGAAAUCGCGUCGUGACCGAAAUCUCGGCUAAAAUCCGAGAAGAGGAAGAAGGGGAGGGGAGGGAAGAGGAAGAAGAGGUGAACCGCGGCCCGAAGAGAUCGGAUGGAAAGCGAGGCGAGCUUCGAUCGAUCGUUUCGAAGGAAGGGAAGAAGAACCGGUCGGUGGGAAUCGAGGAUGCGGCGAAAGCUCGAUUCCAAGUUCAAAGGAUAGGUGGUAUCGUGUCGAGCGUGUUUUGCUUUCGCGUUGCUUAUCCGUGGAAAGUCAAACGUAUCGAGGGAAAAGCGAGGAGAGAGGGAGAGAAGGGAAGGACACACGGAUACUUGUUGCACGCCGCGGACUUUCACAUCUGUUCUUUCCUCUCUCGAUUACAAAAAUUACGAUUCCGUCGACUCUCGGAUACGGAGAGAGAAGGGGAGAAUGAAUCGAUCGUUGAUUUCGAUCGAUCGAUCGUUGUUGAUGAAAAUUGUAAACACGCGUAAAAUGUGGUGAAGGAGGGGAGGGGAAAAGAUGGUGGUACGUGGUGGAACUAUAGCCAGCGGGCUACAACGCGACUGUUCAAUUGUCUUUAUAUAAUCGGGAGAACGGAUGGAAUUUUGUUGUUGUUGGACGUGAAAGAAAGAAAGCAAAUGGGUGGAUCUAUGAGGGGAGAAGGCGGUUGGAAUUUUUUCAGUGAAAUCGUCGAAGUUUUUUCUCUUUUUUUUUUUUUUUUUUUUUUUUGCAAAUCGUCUCUCCCGUCCGAUUAUCGAGAAAGUGAUUUCGCGGAGGUUUGUGAGUUAUGGGAUAGAUAGAUGGAUACGAAAAUUGAAACAUGAGUAACGAGCGAGUAUAUAAGUAAACAGGUGAAAUAUAAGAUAGCUGACAGAAGAAAGUGUUACUUAAAAUAAACGUUAAUUGAAUGGCGUGAGUUUUUUUCUUUUUUUUUUUUUUUUCUUAAAAAAAAAACUUGAGCCAAAGCUAGAAAAUACUUUGCUUUCACCAAAAUAUAUCUAUCGUGAGAAACUUUAAGUAGCUCUUCAUCCUCUAAUCUCGAAUCUCUCUUGACAAUAAACGUUCAAUAAACCGAUUAUCAAUAUAUACUUCGAGCAUUUUUUGAAAAAAGCAUAAAAAAAAAACAAAGAAAGAAAGAAGAAAGAAGAAUCCUUUUUCACAUAUCGAGGAAAAUUUACAAAUUCGCAAAUCAUUGAUAUAUAAUUCCCGAAAUUUCAAAGACAAAAUCCCAAAGAAUUUAAUUGCAACGGAGCUUCGAAAUAAAACGAGGGGGAUACGAGCGAGAGAAAUGAAUUAUUCCGGAGAAGCUAUGACGGAAAAUUAAGAGAGGAAGAAAGAAAGAAAGCGCGGGAUAAAACGAGACACGAAACGAAGAAACCGGGAGAAACAAGAAUAGGAUAAGAAUGGAGGAUAAAUAAGAGAAAUACAGGAGGAGGGAAGAAACGUGGAAGAAAUCGAUUAUACAGUGAUCAAUGGCGGAAAAUUGGGCGGCGGAUACGUUUAUUGGUUGUGGCGGCCAUAAUAACUACGCGAUAAUAACGCGCAUUAUAUUCACGGCUCGUGCGUCAUAAGGCUUCGGACUGUCGGCACGGCGGUGACAUCGAUUCAGCAGACUGUCCAACGCGGUUAAAAUCUAAUUAUUCGAGCGGCCCAUUAUGUGAUGCGCCUCGAAACGAAAACGCGAAUUCACUUGCGCGGAGGAAGCCGACUCCGUGGAACGCCGCUUCUUCCAUCUCUUUUCUUUCGUUUACCAUCGAUCGUUCGCGGUGCGGUGUGUUAGUGAUCAGUGUCACUUGGUGAUGCAUGUCAAAAUUGGCUUUGGAAUCGUGUCACUUGGAAACAUCAACCAGGUCUAUUGGAUACCGAAAUGUAUCUCGAAUAAUUAAGACGUUUUCGAUAUUUACGAGACAAACCAAAGAAUAUUGUGAUAAUCGGUAAUUAGAGACGGUGGUAUAUAUAAAAUAACAAAAGAGAUAAAAAUAUGAAAGUGAGCGAGGGAGUGAUAAACACAGCGAGACCACAUUCUGUGAUAAAAGUGAUUGGUGGUGAUCAGUGAAAGUAAUCAUGUUCAUGAUGAUCGAGCCAAGAAGCGACAGGGUGGUCAACACCCAAACGAAACAUCACUGUUACCAAGUAAUCAGAACCACUAAGGUGCACCAGAGCUCUAAGAGUUCCAGGAUUGUCACCGUUCAGGAGAAGGUGAUCAGAUCAAGGCUGCAGAUGGGCUAUUCAACGCCUACCAAUUUCAUCAACCGUUUCCCGCAAAAGAUGGAAAGGCCGUCGCAGCACACGGCAAACGUGAGCCAAAUGCACGGAAGUGGUAUGCACGGCGUGUAUUCGUCCAGCAGUCAAACAUCCCUGACCACAUCUUAUAUCACGGGCCAGUCGUACGUUCAAAGCCAGAACUACGCCCACGGUCCAUACAAUUCAACGUCUAACGUGAGGGUGUACACUCACGCGGGAUAUAAUCAGCCGCAAAGCUACGGCACCAUGGUGCAGGGGUAUGGCGGUCAGCCACAAGCUACAGGGUAUCAACAGAAUCAUCUUAAAAAAGGACCUGUACGUAACGGAGACGUGCUGAAGAGAUGCAGGCUACAGAAUGCGUAUGAAUUAUCUCAGGAUCUGCUGGACAAACAGAUAGAGAUGCUGGAACGAAAAUACGGCGGUGUAAAAGCGAGAAAUGCUGCACUGACUAUUCAAAGAGCUUUUAGGAGAUACACUCUAUUGAAGAAAUUCGCAGCUAUCACCGCCAUGGCGAAAGCAGAGAAACGCCUUAGCAGAAAACUGCAAGAGACCUCGGAGAGAGUUUCAAACGCAAACGAGCACGAAAGGAUGAUUUAUCAUAGUCAAAUUUAUAUACAACAACCACAGACAGCAAACAGGCCAAUGCCUAUCAGAAGCAUGUCUCUGAGAGAGAGGAGGCACGUGGAGAACUCGCAGUCACCGAUACCGAGGAGCCAGAGCGGCAGGUGCGAAGUUCAAAUCGGUGGUCAUCCACACGUGAAUCAUAAUAUACAUCAAAGUGGCAGACACACGCCUUCUCUGGCUCCCAGUCCUUGCAACAGACACCAACAAUUACCACCUAGUCCAUGCUGGGAGUCCAGCUCCCAGGAAAGCGGAUCUAGUAUGCAUUAUUACAAUCCACAGGAGACACUAUGCAGCAUCAGACAAGAGACACCGCCGAGAGAUCUAUUACGAACACCAUGCACAUCACCAUCGACGCCUCAUAAUCUUCAAACACAGGUGGUUCAAAACUGGAAUAGCGCUGGUCAUCUUGGUUCCGCCGGUAGAACGAGAGGAUCAGCGAAAAAAGUACCGCCGGAAGUGCCAAAAAGAACGUCUUCCAUUACGUCCAGAUCUAUGGAACCACGUCACAAUGGUCUUAGCAAAAGCGUUGAAAAUGGUAGUCUAAGUUCGGUUCAAAGUUCUGGAAGCGAUUCCACUAAUUGCGAGAGUUCUGAAGGAGACGCUCAAAGAGGAUCACCUGUAUGGAAACAUAAAGGAAUCUCAAGUUCACCAGAGCAUCAGGAGUGCACUAACCAUACUACAGAUUCUAACGCUAUGAUAAAUAGUGUAAAAGAUCUUGGUCAUUCACAUGCCAGUUCCGGUUAUCAACUUCCCCUCAUGGACCAUCCGGAAAAUAUACCUCAAACAAGCUAUAAAGUAUCGGAAACUGUUAGAAAACGCCAAUAUCGAGUGGGCUUAAAUUUAUUUAAUAAGAAACCAGAACGUGGGAUUAGUUAUUUGAUCAGAAGAGGAUUCUUGGAAAAUAGUCCUCAGGGUGUGGCUAGAUUUUUGAUUAGUAGAAAAGGAUUAUCCAAACAAAUGAUAGGAGAAUAUCUUGGAAAUCUUCAAAAUCCCUUCAAUAUGGCUGUACUUGAAUGUUUUUCGCAUGAAUUGGAUCUAUCAGGAAUGCAAGUAGAUGUCGCCUUGAGAAAAUUUCAAGCAUACUUUCGAAUGCCUGGCGAAGCUCAAAAGAUAGAGAGAUUAAUGGAGGUGUUUAGCCAACGUUAUUGCCAAUGCAAUCCCGAUGUAGUAUCCAGACUACGCUCAGCGGAUACUGUCUUUGUAUUGGCCUUUGCAAUAAUCAUGCUGAAUACUGAUUUGCAUACACCAAAUUUAAAACCAGAGCGUAGAAUGAGGCUGGAUGAUUUUAUCAAGAAUCUUAGAGGAAUAGAUGAUUGUGGAGAUAUUGAUAAAGACAUAUUAGUUGGAAUUUAUGAGAGAGUGAAGGAAAAUGAAUUUAAACCUGGCUCAGAUCAUGUUUCUCAAGUAAUGAAAGUUCAAGCGACAAUAGUUGGUAAAAAACCUAAUAUGGCUUUACCACAUAGAAGAUUAGUUUGUUACUGCAGAUUGUACGAGAUCCCAGAUAUUCACAAAAAGGAAAGACCGGGUGUACAUCAACGGGAAGUAUUCCUCUUCAAUGAUCUUCUCGUUGUGACAAAGAUCUUGAGUAAGAAGAAAAACAGUGUUACUUAUACAUUUAGACAAAGUUUUCCAUUAUGCGGAAUGGUGGUCACACUGUUUGAAGUUCCUCAUUAUCCGUAUGGAAUUAGACUCUCCCAACGCGUGGAUGGAAAAGUAUUGGUCACAUUCAAUGCGAGAAACGCACAUGAUAGAUGCAAAUUUGUUGAGGAUCUUAGAGAAUCUAUCAGUGAAAUGGACGAGAUGGAAACCUUACGGAUUGAGACGGAACUAGAACGACAGAAAAGCAGUAGAAGCGCCAGAGGUGGUGCUGAAAAUAGAGAUUCUGGAGUAGCAGACGUUGAGAUAUGUCCUUGCCCGGGGCCUUGUUCCGAAAGAUCGGAAACUACCGACAUGGAAACUCAAUUGAAACGCUCUGCACUUAGUAAUUCUCUUUUGGAUAUACAUGAACAAUUUGCUGGUGAAAAACCGCAGCGACGUGGAAGCGUGGGUUCACUUGAUAGUGGUAUGUCGAUUUCUUUUCAAUCUACAUCUGCCAGCUCAAUGAGCCAAGGCAUUAAACAUCCUGGACAAGUUCACUCUAUACAUCCAGGGGCUACAAUCCCUGGUGGUGUUAAAGGACUGGCUCAGCAGCCAUCUUUUUUAGGAGGUCUAUUCACUAAACGAGAACGAAAACUUUCACAAUCGGAGGAAUCCAGCCCAUACAGUCGCACUACAGAAGUGUAAUAUAUCGGUAUUAUCUAAGAAAUAAUAGACCGAAUGAAAUUCCUACAAAAAAACACAUAGAGUAAUAUUAUCUUACAUAGAAUAUAUUUCAAAUACAUAGAAUAUAGUAUUCAAAAUUUCAUGAGAAAAUAAUGUUUGAAAUAUUUUCUAUAUAUUUAUAUAUAUCAUAGCUUUCAUUAUAAUACUAUUAUGACUAUGAUACUAUAUAUAAAUUAUGUAGACUAUACUAAAAAUAUUAAAUCUUGAAUAUAUAUAUUUUCUUGUGAAAACUUGAAUAAUAUAUUUCAAGUAUUUGCUGCCAAACAUGAUUGGAUAAUUCAAAUAUCCAGUCUUCUUAUUAGAUGGAACACAUAAAUUCUUUUGCUUUUGAUUUUAAGGAAGCAAAUGAAUUUAUAGUGCUUUUAUACGUGAUUAAAGAAGCCACCUUAUCUUCAAGAUAAAGAAAAAAAGAUAAGUGAUUCCCUAGCUGAAAUUCAAAAGCUUGCUUCAGGAAGCAACGCAAUAAAAGAAAAGAAGAAGAAAUAAAUAAAAUGCAACAGGAAAUAAAAAAGAUCUAAAAAUAAGAAAAGAUCUAAGCAAUUGAAUGUAUAAAUUUAUUAGAUUGGGCAGGAUCCAAUCACAGUCAAAACAUAAAAAAAAAAAACAAAUUUGGCAAGAUGAUAAAAAUAAAAUAAUUUCUAUAGAGACGCGUGUAUAGUAUUUAUUCAUUCAAAAGUGAAAAAAAACAUUGAUUUGAUUCAUUUUUCUUAUGCUAUUUAUACUUAUUUCUAAUAGAGAAUUGUAUUCCCUUUACGUAUGUAGAUAAUGUUCAGUUGGUCACUUAGACUUUAUAACAGUUAUUGAUAAAUCAAGAUUAUUAAAUAAUGAAUUAAAAGAAUCUUUUUAAUAAUUUAAAGAAAAAUUAAAGAAAAAAAAAAAAAUAAAAAAAAGGAAUCGUUUAUGGAAAAAGAGUGGUUCUAGUAUAAUAUCGUAUUCUUUUUGAGUAAGUAUGGACAUAGCUAUACUUAAACGAUUGUAUAUAAAAAAUAUAUAAUAGAUAUAUAAUGAUAAUUGUAUAAUUACAAUGAUAAUGAAAAUUCUGUAACAAAAAUAGAACCGUAGUCUAAGAAAAUUGAUAAGCAAUCUCCAUUUCAAUAUUAGAUGCAUGUCAAUGUCUAACAAAUUUUUAAUAUUACAAUAAUGGACAAACAAAAAUGUAGCAAUCUUUAUAAGCAUUAACAUUUAAAACCGAAAAAUGAGGCGUUUUUCGUUGUUGUAAAAAUACAUAAUUAAAAUGCGAAUGUUUAUGCAAAUGCAUAAAUUUUCAUUGAAAAUAUCUACAACAAUAAAAUAUUUUUUUGAA